AUGACAGCCAUAAGUAAAUUGGAGGUACCAUUUUUCUACAGUAAAAAGAUUUUUGGUGCAGUGGAUUUCGUUUCGAUUAUCUAAAUAAUAAAUAUUUCGAAUACAAUUGUACUUUUAUAAAUGCACAAUGUAAAUACAAGAAAUGUGCUACAAUUUUAUCAAAUAUUAAAUUAAUAAUUGUUAUGGUGAUUAAACAAUAGGUGUACAUGCCGUAAGCCGUUCAAUGCAAAGCCAUUUUAAGUGGCGGGAAACCCGGCAAAAAGUGUUUUAUUUAAAUUGUGUUUUGAUCAAAUAAUAAAUAAAUAAAUAUGGAAACAGACAAUAAUACGCCAGAAAAUGUGGCAAAUGCUGCUGUUACCACUGUCACAGCUGAUAUUAAUAAGAAUCCAAGUAUUAUUAAAGAAUCCCAAAAAGAAGUUGGUCAUAUGGAUGUGUUAGUAUGUGGAGGAUGCCAUUCUGUGUUUCAUUUUAUUCAAGAAUUUCAAAAUCAUCGACAAAAGAACGAAUGUACUGAACAAUCAUCUAUAAGAGAUGGCAAUGUUAAUGAACCCAAACCCCAAGUGUGGGCAUUUUUACUGUGGAAAAAUACACAGAACAAAGCAAAUAAAAAUCCAGGGAAACCACCCGACAAAGAUAACUCAUGGAUUAUGUAUCAAAAAUGGUGUAAAUUGGAACAACAAGAUAGGGAAACAUGGAUUACUGCAGGAAAGAAUGUUCAAACAUUCACAAAAUUGAGCACAACUAAAAUCCCUCUAGUGGCGUCAAAUACAAAUAAAAGGAAAACUGAUGAAGUAUUAGAAGAAGGUGAAAUUCGUUUACCUCAAUCUAAAACUCAAGGUGGAGCUAAAUUAACGACAGUUAGAUCUUUUGUUAAAUCUGAUAUGAAUAAAUCAAAUAUGAAUAAAACAGAAGACGAUCUGGAGGAUGAAAGCGAAGAAGAAGACGAUAUUGAUUCAGAAAGUGAAUUAGAUACUGAGGAGGAAGCCGAAUUAGCUGAAAUGGAACGUGAAGCAAUGAGACAACAUAAUAAAAAAACUGUUAUUAAUUCACAGUCUCAACAAGCUAAAAUUACAACUUCUGUAGUAACAUCAACAAGUAAUACUACAAUAUCUCAAACCAAAACUACUGAUGCAGCUGCAAUUGUUUCUAAGUCAACACCUAUUAUUGAUCGAUCUUCUAGGAUAGCAAAACGAACUGGAAAAGCGCCUUUAGAUAGUAAUGGUGAUACCACUGACUAUGUUGUUGAAAAAAUUUUAGCUAAGAGAUAUAACCCUAGAAAAAAAGUACACGAAUAUCUUCUAAAAUGGGAAGGUUAUCCACACGAACAAAAUACUUGGGAACCAGCUGAAAAUAUGAAUACUUGUAAACAUCUUCUAGAAGAAUUCGAAAGAAAUUUAGCUAAACAAAAAGAGAAAAAGGCUGCACAGGCCGCUGCUGAACAAGCAAAUAAACGAUUAGCAGCAGCCGCUGCCGUCAAACAAACACCACCAACGCCUCCUGUAGUUUCGGCAAUUGCUGGGCGACCAGUACGAAAUAGCAAAAUAAAAGCUUUAGGUCAAGUAAAAGCUUGGUGUGGGUCAAUGACAGAAGAUGAAACAGGAAAACGGAAAGUCUCAGAUAGUGAUGGUGACGAUGAUCCAAUCGAGAAGAAAUCUAAACGUGAUACAGACGGAAAUUGGAGCGGAGGUGAGUGGGAUACAACCGGUUUAAACGGAAGCGAUUUAAACAAAACAAAAUCUAGUCCGGCUCCAGUGUUAGUUGCACAUGCUAAAGGUGUUGUUAAAGUCGAUCCAACACAAAUGCCAAAUUUAAAAUCGGGUGUUUAUAUUAUGUCAAAAGAUUCUGGACUUGUCAAAGUUGAUGAUGAGUCUGUGAGCACUAACAACAAACCUAAUAUCAUGAGGGUGAAAACCCCCGGUCAGCCGACCGCACAAAUUCGUAUUGUGCAAAAAGGAGAGUCUCAACAAAGCGGUAUAGUACGUAUGUCCACAGGAAUGAGUGCUGCGGCACCUGGACAUAAAGGAGGCGCAGUCAUUCAGAAAUCAGUUACACCCCAAAAGCGAAUUAUCAAUCAACCGACUGUACGAGUUGUGCAACGGAAACAAGUUCCUGUAACGAAGACACCACCAAUGCCAAUAGUUAAACAAAAACCAACAACGCCAGUUGCAACUGGAAAUUCUAUUCAUAUGGAGUUCCAUACACAGUCGGAAGAAAGUAGUGAUGAUGAAUUGCCUGAUCCAUUUCCCAAAGACUUACCACCACCGGAGCCUGAUAGCCCUCCAAGGCCUUUAACAUUGUGUCCACUUACUGGUAAAGUACUCUCACGUGCUGAAGGUGAGCGAACACCAGAACCAAGCCCACCUCCACCUGAGGAACCAGCAGAAGUUCCUGUAGAAGUAAGCAAUACCUCAGAGCAAGCCACUACUUUAGCCUCACUUGUGAAUACCGAAGAAAUUAAUAAGAUAGGACCGACUACUGUACAGAUUCAAACGGCUACUAAUAAUGAGACUGAUAUGAUAUUAAGUGAUGCAAGUGAACUUGCAUCUGAUGCUCCACUCAUGAUUACCGGUGAGGAUGGUACAAUUUAUCAAGUUGCUGGACAAGAUGAAAAUGGACAAACGUUACUUGUGGCGCAAGGCGCAGAUGGAGAACAACAAUGUGUUUACUUAGCAGCUGGUGGUGAAGAUGGCGAAACAAGUAUGUUAGCAUUAGAUCCUGAAACAGCGGCUGUAAUGGGAGACGAAUCAGUUGCACAACUUGUAACAGACGAUCAAGCUGUUCCCGCCGAUCAACAAUUAAUGGUUAAUACUGAAGGCGAUGAUUCUCAAGUUGUUGCACAAGUUGUAAAAGCUGAAUUACCAUCACCAGGUGGUUCACGAAAAGUUGUACUUUUAUUGCCAAAUGGAACAUUAGCUAUAACGACUGUCGAUGCGGCACAAUAUUCGGCUUUAGAAUUGGAAUAAAUUACUAUUUUUAAAAACUUAUAUAAAAUAUUUAAAAAAAACUGCAGA